AAUCCAACGGCCCUAAAUUGCUCUACCGCCAAACAUAAGGCCGCAAACCCUAAACCUUUGUUUCUCCUCUUUCUCCUGCAACCGAAGCAGAGUGCCAAACCUUUCUUGUUGCAGGAGACGGCCCCCCACCCCUCUCUUCUUCUAUCUGCAUCCUUCCUUCUUCAUCUGUCGAUCUAUCCGCAUGCCUUCUCUCGCUUUUCACGAUUCCCCCUCAUCCGAAGGCCUUAAGCUCAAGAAGAAGGAGAAGAAGAUGAAGGACAUCGCUGAAAUCGAUACUUCGGUGGAGAGGAAGACGGACAAGAAGGACAAGAAGCGUAAGUCUGUGGAGAUGGCGGAAGAGGACAACGAGGAAGCAAGGAGCGAAACGAGUGCUGAAUUGGGCGAGCCGGUGAAUGCUGCGACCGUUAAGAAGAAGAAGAAGAAGGCGAAGGUUGAUGCGGAAGAGGGUGGGGAGGGCGAGGAGAACCCCAAUGCUUUGACGAGGUUUCGGAUUUCGGAGCGGCUGAGGGAGUUGUUGAAGUCGAAGGGUAUUAAGUCGCUGUUUCCAAUCCAAGCGAUGACAUAUGAUACUAUUCUGGAUGGCUCAGAUUUGGUUGGUCGGGCGCGCACUGGACAGGGUAAAACUCUUGCCUUUGUGUUGCCCAUCUUGGAGUCUUUGGUAAAUGGGCCUUCAAAAGAUUCACGGAAGACUGGGUAUGGGAGGGCACCAAGUGUUUUAGUGCUUCUGCCAACCAGGGAAUUGGCCCAACAGGUGCAUGCUGACUUUGAAGUUUAUGGUGGAGCAUUGGGGUUGUCUUCUUGUUGUUUAUAUGGUGGAGCCCCCUACCGUUCUCAAGAGAUUCAAUUAAAAAGGGGGGUUGAUAUAGUUGUUGGCACACCGGGUCGCAUAAAGGACCACAUAGAAAGGCAAAAUAUUGACUUGAGUUAUUUGAAGUUCCGUGUCCUUGAUGAGGCUGAUGAAAUGUUGAGGAUGGGAUUUGUUGAUGAUGUUGAACUUAUUUUAGGCAAGGUGGAGGAUGUCCGCAAAGUUCAGACACUUCUCUUCAGUGCCACCUUACCAGGCUGGGUGAAGGAUAUUGCUUCUAAGUUUUUUAAGCCGAAUAAGAAAACUGCUGAUCUUGUCGGUAAUGAGAAAAUGAAGGCUAGUACCAAUGUUAGACACAUUGUUAUUCCCUGUUCCAGUUCAGCCAGACCCCAGCUUAUCCCUGAUAUUAUUCGUUGUUAUAGCAGUGGUGGCCGUACGAUUAUUUUCACGGAGACAAAGGACUCUACUGCUCAACUUGCUGGAGUAUUGCCAGGGGCACGGGCUUUGCAUGGAGACAUACAGCAGUCUCAACGUGAGGUCACACUGUCUGGAUUUAGAUCUGGAAAAUUUAUGAUAUUAGUUGCCACAAAUGUUGCAGCACGGGGUUUAGACAUCAAUGAUGUGCAGUUAAUCAUUCAGUGUGAACCUCCACGUGAUGUAGAAGCUUACAUCCAUCGAUCUGGGCGCACAGGGAGAGCUGGAAAUAGUGGGGUUGCUGUUAUGCUUUAUGAUCCAAGAAAGUCAAACACAUCUAAGAUAGAAAGGGAAUCUGGUGUGAAGUUUGAGCACAUAUCUGCUCCUCAGCCAACUGAUGUUGCCAAAGCUGCUGGCAUAGAAGCAGCAGGAACAAUCACCCAAAUUUCUGAUAGUGUUAUUCCUGCAUUCUUGUCUGCGGCUGAAGAGUUAUUGAAUACCUCUGGUUUAUCAGCAGUAGAAUUACUAGCAAAAGCUCUUGCAAAGGCUGCUGGUUAUACUGACAUAAAGAGCAGAUCACUUCUCACUUCUAUGGAGAACUAUGUCACAAUGCAUCUUGAGGCUGGGAAACCCAUCUAUACACCAUCUUUCGCUUUUGGCAUAUUGAGGAGAUUCUUGCCUGAGGAGAAGGUUGGGGCAGUGCAGGGUCUUACUCUUACUGCUGAUGGAAUGGGUGCGGUGUUCGAUGUUCCAGUUGAAGAUUUGGAGACAUAUCUUGCUGGUCAGGAAAGUGCAGCUAAUGUGAGUUUGGAUGCGGUGAAAGUCUUGCCACGCUUGCAAGAAAGAGAGCAAUCAAGAGGAGGAAGAUUUAGCAGUGGAGGUCGUGGUGGCCGUGGUGGAUUUUCUGACAGAGGUGGUAGGUUUUCAGGCGGUAGAGGGGGCAGGGGUGGCUUCUCUGAUGGGAGAAAUGGUAGAUUUUCAAACUACAGUGGUGGGAGAGGUCGUGGCAAUGCCAACAGAUGGUGAGGUGCCUUGUGAAGGUUCAAAUCUGGAGCUGGAAGAGGAUGGUUGAUAUGUAGUAGAAGCCAAGUUAUUUUGCCUGAUGAUGAAGAAAAUAUUUGAGGUAGGGCCACACAUCUCAGUAAUUGGAAAGCUAUGUAGGUUCAAUAUGGGCUCUUCAGAUUUUUCCCCCCCUUUUUUUUUUCUUUUUGCUAUUGGUUCGUUGUCUAUUUAAUUUUAUGGGGUUUUUUGUUUUACCUAGUUUUUGAUGAAAUUUUGUAGUAAAUGGUGGAAUAUAGAUUUCUCAUAUAUUUUUGGUAACAGAGAUUGUGUGUAGCAUGUUUGACUUUACGAUUUUUUGUGGAAUAUGAUUAGUUUCAUCACUCCUCACCUCAAAA